CCGGCGAUAAAAUGGUAAAGUUUUACCGAUGAACGACCUUAUCGUCAGAUCCUCUUCGUCCUUAACCGCACCGGAGUUUCCCAAACCCUAACAGUCAUCGGAGAAAUGCAUUUCUAAAUUCAGAUGCAUACAAGUGGAUAUUAUAAGUCCAGACUACAGAUCAUUCCGAGAUGAGAUUUAUUCUGUAGUGAGGCUUGAUGCUGGUCUUUCAUUCCUUUUUGAUUUGACCAAGGAUACACUAAGAACUUUAGGAUUGUGGAGAAGUAAUAAGUCAGCAAAGAUGCUGUUCAACAAAGACAUUGAAGGUCUGCGUGAUGAUGGCUUUGAUGGGUCAGUGAAUGAGACACAGAUAUUUGCAAAUGUGUACUUUGGAAAUGAGGGUGAUACCAAAAGGUGUCUUGUGACCGGAAUGAUCAACUUUGAGGGCGACCUUACUAGCCAGACAGAUGAACCUGGACAUUUGUGUGGUGAAGAUUUUGGUUUGACAGUACAUCAUGAUUCUCAUGACAUAAAGGAAGAUUCUGGUGAAGACCCUUGUGAACGAGAGCUAACCAAUAAUCAUGUGGAAAAGGAAUCCGAACCAUUACCUUCCUUGGACAUAGUACCUGCAGAUAUAACUCCGCAACCUUCUUCCUGCCCUUCUUUGAAUGUAAUUUGUCAUAUAGUUGAAUCUUCAAACCAAGGUGUUAAAUCAAGUUCUUAUUUGCAGAAGCGGCACAAUGUGCUGGACAAAAGUCAUGUGCUUGGUGAAAUGGAGUCAUCAAUAUUAAGAUCAUCUAAAAUAGAAGGAAAUGGAUGGAAGGAUGUUGUUGGCAAAGUAAUUGCAUCACCUGCUUCUCAGGAGAGCUAUGCAAUUGGCAGUGCUGCGAAGUCAUCAGGAAUUCUUCGACCUAACAAGCCAAAGUGGAGGGACCAUUGCUUUGUAGAACUGGAUGAAUCUGAAUUGCUAACGAUUAAGGAUUCUCCAAAUGACCCUCGCCCUCUUCUACGGCACCACAUCCAUCGUUUGCUCAGAGCAGCAGGCUGGGUAAUCGGGAGGCGUAAACGCAAUAAUAAAUUUCAUGGAAUUGGUGAGUAUGUUUACAAGUCACCUGAAGGAAGACCAAUUCGUGAAUUCUGGAGAGCCUGGACCUUGUGUGGACAGAGUUUGCUUACUUAUGCAGAUGGUAUUUUUCCAGAAAAGGAUUGUAGGUUGUGGUCUGAUAUGACACAAUUUUUGAGUGACCUCUCAGUUUCAGUGAAGGAGAUUGAUAAAGAACUGGCUACCUUGGAAACAGCUUCUGCAUUGGCUCGGCUUUGGAGUCUCCUCGAUCCUUUUGUAACUGUGGUGUUCAUUGACAAGGUAUUGCGCUCUCUCAAAGAAGGAAAAACAAUUAAAGCCAAAAUGACUUUGGCCACCGCUCCUGUUAAAAAUAACAUAAAGAAUGUAGACGACACAGGAAAUAUGUUUGCUGAUGAGAGGGCUUUGCAGAAUCAGCCUUGCAGCUCAUCUUUUGUCUCAGAUAGUGCAUUGACAAGUACUGAGACAGAUAAAUGGAUCCACGAGGAGUAUGGUGAUGAAAGUUCUCUCAACUUAACAGAGCCCCAGAUGGGUGAAGGCAAAUGUAUGAAUGGUGUAUCUUGUUAUUAUCCUAAUGAAAGAUCCAUGUGCUUAAGGGAUACUGUCAGUGAGGGUGCUGAUAAAUACAGAAAACUCUUAAAAAAUGGUAAUGAUCUACUGGAAUUAGCUCCUUUACCAUCUUGUGGAUCUGAAACAACCAGUGAACAUAUGGAAUAUUGUUUGUUUGAAGUUCCUAUUUGUUCAGAAAAUGCACUAACCUCGAUUGGAGGAUCUGAUAAUAUGACCAAAUCUCUGACAAUAAUUUCCGAUGGUAUACCUCAUGCAGAAAGUUCAGUCUUGAAAAGGAAGGUCCUGAAGAAAUCAAAGAAGUUAUCAGAAAUGGAAUUUGCUAAUGGUUACCAAGAUGACCAGUUUGACCCAUCUUAUAGGAAGAGUGGAUUUCAUGAAGUAAUUACAAGCAAGCACAAAAUUGGGCCAAAGAAACGUAAGACAUGCUGUCUUAGUGACGAUGAUCUCUUAAUUUCAGCUGUAUUUAGAAACACGACAUGCAAAUCUGGCAACAAAAGGUCCUCUGGUAAAAUCAAACCUCUAAGGAAAAGGAAGAACCAGAAAAGUGGUUGUAAGUUGCUUUUACGUUGCCUCAACAAGGGUGGAAAACACUUCCCCGAAGAAAAAUGGCCUACCUUUGCCUCAAGGACUGUGUUAUCCUGGUUAAUUCAUUCUGGGGUUGUCUCCCUAAAUGAAGUGAUCCAGUACCAGAACUUGAAGGAUGAUUCUGUGGUAAAAACCGGCUUUAUUACCACUGAUGGAAUAUUGUGUAAUUGCUGUGACCAGGUGCUCUCCAUCUCGGAGUUCAAAAAUCAUGCUGGUUUUAAGGUCAAUCGUCCCUGUUUGAAUCUUUUCAUGGAAAAUGGUAAGCCAUUCACCUUAUGUCAGCUUGAGGCUUGGUCAGAUGAAUACAAGGCACGGAGAGCAGUUUCUCAGACUUCCCAAGCUGAGGAAAGGGACCAAAAUGAUGACAGUUGCGGGCGAUGUGGUGAUGGAGGCGAAUUGAUUUGCUGUGACAACUGUCCAGCUACAUUCCAUCUAGCAUGCUUGUUCACACAGGAGCUUCCUGAAGGGAGCUGGUACUGUUCACAGUGCACAUGCCAGAAAUGUGGGGACGUGGUCAAAUGCAGUGAAGCAAGUUCUCCUGGUGGAUAUAAAUGUUCACAAUGUGAACAUAAAUAUCAUGAAGCAUGCAGUAAUUUAAGGAUUACAAAAAGUGGUCUGGCCUCUGAUACAUGGUUCUGCAGCGAAAGCUGUCAAGAGGUUUAUGAAGGUCUUCACUCUCGCAUUGGGUUCGUUAAUCAUCUGGCUGAUGGCUUUUCGUGGACUCUUCUGAGGUGCAUUCAUGGUGACCACAAAGUUCAUUCUCAGCGGUUUAUUGCUUUGAAGGCAGAAUGCAACUCCAAGUUAGCAGUUUCCCUUACGAUUAUGGAGGAGUGCUUUCUUCCCAUGGUGGAUCCAAGAACUGGCAUAGAUAUGAUACCCCAUGUGAUAUAUAGCUGGGGAUCACAAUUUGCUCGGUUAAAUUAUCUUGGAUUCUACACGAUGAUCCUGGAGAAAGAUGACAUAUCAGUAGCUGUAGCAUCAGUAAGGAUCCAUGGGGUAACAGUUGCUGAGAUGCCUCUGAUUGCAACAUGCAGUAAAUACCGCCGCCAGGGAAUGUGCAGGCGCCUACUAAAUUCUAUACUGGAGAUGCUAAAGUCGUUCAAGGUUGAGAAACUUGUCAUAUCAGCUAUCCCAGGUGUAGUGGAAACAUGGACUUGUGGCUUUGGCUUUGAACCCUUGGAAGAUCAUGAGAAACGAAGUCUAAGUCAUAUCAACCUCAUGGUGUUCCCUGGAACUGUAUGGUUGAAGAAGUCUUUGUUUCAAGUUGCUGAUGCAGAUCAACCGAGUGUUUGUCCGGGUGGAACAGUAUCCUGCCAUGAAAAUGGCCUCACCAUUAUCGAGCCCAUGCAACAUUGCGUGCCAUCUCAAGAUGUCAACGCAGGAGCUGAUGUCAGACACCCACCUCAGUCUGAGAGUUUGCAAUUCUGUGAAGAUCAAGGUGGUAGUAAUCUUGCUGGUCAUGAGCCUAGGCAAGGCUGUGAAGGAAACACCAUUAAUCCAGAGCAUCAAACUGAAACCAGGCUGCCGGACUCAAAUGAUUUACAACCAGUGGAAGUCCAGUAUGUUGUUGAUGCUCUGCCUGGCAAGUGCUCAAAACUCUCCGAGGAACCGGUUCUGACAUAUAUCAGCCAUGGGGAAGCAGGUUGUAGAGUAGAUAAUUUGCAGAUGAAUGUGGAUAGUCAUUUUUGUUUAGAUGAAGUGAAUUAAUGUGUUGUAGGUGAAUGUGUAAUGACGUUGAUAAUUUAUAAUUUCGUAGCUAUA